UGGACCUGCCUGAGCCUAUCCACCAGAAAGGAGCCAGCACACUGCCGGAAUCAAGCUCACGCCUUUACCUCUCAGGUUCCUUGCAUGGUGAGCUACCAGACACUGUGGACACACAUCGCCAUGGCUGGAUUUUUCAUCCUCUUCUUUUUGAUGUCAGCACUCUGCACGGCUGCGCAACUCCUGCCUUCUGACCAGCAGGGCUGUGCAGGGGGCAGCUGUUACCCCUCAACUGGAAACCUCCUCAUUGGUCGAGCCGCCAGCUUGACCACUACCUCCACCUGUGGCCUGCGGGGCCCAGAGAGGUACUGCAUAGUCAGCCACUUGCAGGAUUCGGAUAAGUGCUUCCUGUGUGACUCCCGGAGGCCAUUUGACCCCAACAGAUCCAGGCACAGCCAUCGCAUAGAGAACAUAAUCCACAUGACCCACCACAAUGAGGACCCCACCUGGUGGCAAUCAGAAAACGGUGUGGAGUCAGUCAGUAUCCAGCUGAACCUGGAGGCACAGUUCCACUUUACUCACCUCAUCAUGAAGUUCAAGUCGUUUCGGCCAGCGGCCAUGCUGAUCGAGCGCUCGGCAGAUUUUGGGCGUUCGUGGAAGCCGUACCGCUAUUUCGCCCACAACUGCACCAGGGCGUUCCCCUCCAUCCCAGCCCAGCCCCUGCAGAGCAUCGAUGAUGUCAUCUGUGAGGAGCGCUACUCUGACAUUGAGCCGUCCACUCGCGGAGAGGUCAUAUAUAAAGUGCUUGAUCCUACUAUCAAUGUCAAAGACCCAUACAGUCCUCAGAUCCAAGAGCUGCUGAAGCUGACCAGUCUUAGGGUUAAUUUCAGCCAGCUGCACACGUUGGGGGACAGCCUGCUGGAUCGGAGGCCUGAGGUGCUGCAGAAGUACUACUACUCUCUGUACCAGCUGCUAGUGCGCGGAAGCUGCUUCUGCUAUGGACACGCCUCCCGCUGCGCACCCGCGCAGACACCUGAGCACAUACCUGCCCGCUAUGGCACGGAGGCAAGCAUGAUCCAUGGACGCUGCCUCUGUGAGCACAACACAGCGGGGCUGAACUGUGAGCGCUGCAGGGACUUCUAUCAUGACCUACCCUGGAGCCCUGCUGAAAGAGACCACACCCACACCUGCAGGGAAUGCAAUUGCAAUGGCCACUCCAACCAAUGCCACUUCGACAUGGCGGUGUACCUGGCCACAGGGAAUGUGAGUGGUGGGGUCUGUGAUGACUGUCUCCACAACACCAUGGGCCGCAACUGUGACAUGUGCAAGAGCUUCUAUUACCAGCAUCCUGCCAGAGACAUCCGCGAUCCGACUGCCUGCGUCUUGUGUGACUGUGACCCUGCGGGCUCACUGAAGGAGGGGUCAUGUGACAGCCACACCGAGCUGGCCCUGGGAAUGAUUGCUGGUCAGUGCCGCUGCAAGCCCAACGUCAGGGGGGAUCGCUGUGACUCCUGCAAGCACGGCUUCUUUGGUCUCAGUUCCACCGACCCACAGGGUUGCCAGCCCUGCCAGUGUGACCUUCGUGGGAGUGUCCCCGGGGGGUCAUGUGACUCGAUCAGUGGAGACUGUGUCUGUAAGAGACAUGUCACUGGCCGUCGCUGUGACCAGUGUGUGCUGGAGUUCUGGGGGCUGAGUCUGGACGUGAUGGGAUGCAGAGAGUGUGACUGUGACUUUGGGGGAGCGUACGGUAACAGGUGUGCGCCGGACAGUGGACAGUGUGACUGUCGUCCUCACUUGCAUGGGCGGCGGUGCUCAGAGGUGCAUGCUGGGUACUUCAGUGCCCCACUAGACUUCUAUCGAUAUGAGGCAGAGGAUGCUGCAGGCCACGCCCCAGACAGCCCCGCCCUUCCGGGCCAGACGAAACCCAUGGCUCAAACGGACUGUGAGGAGCAUCUCAACAACCAGCUCCUCCGCCGCCGCCAUGUUACCACACAUCACCAACAGAGGGCAGCACUUAGACACAGAAGAUGUCACCUGCAGCAGAUGCCAGAUGUACAGAAUAUUCAGAGGAACCAGCAUCCUGGCCAUAGGGUCACCUGGAGUGGAUCAGGAUUGGCCAGAGUCAGGGAUGGGGCGGGGCUUGUCGUCACCAUUGACAACAUCCCCUUUGCCAUGGAGUAUGACAUCAUGCUUCGAUACGAGCCAGAGGCUAGGACUCUGUCCCCUCAGUCUGCAGAGGAUUGGGAGGCCGUUGUCACAAUCUCCGCUCUGCAGCUGUCCUCCAGCCAACGCUGCGGAAACGUGCUGCCCUCUGAACAGAUGUUUACCGUCAGACUGCCGCACCAAAGACGGUAUGUGCGUACGGAGCGGUCGCUCUGCUUUGAGCCCCAGAACAGGUACGUGGUUGCGAUUCGUUUCCAGCGUCACGGCGCCCCCCAGAGAGACCUUGGAGCCUACCUGCUAUCUGACUCGUUGGUCCUGAUCCCUAAGUACACGGAGCUGGCGGGUUUCCAGGGAAACAGCGAGGCAGAGCAGCGGCGCCGGGAGGACAUGCUGCGUUACAUGUGCCUGGACUCCUUCAUGGCCUCGCCCAUGGCCACUCUCACUCUGGCCCCCACCUGUGCCAGCCUCACCAGCAGCAUCUCUGCCAUAAUGCACAACGGUGCACUGCCGUGUCUGUGCCACCCCGAAGGUUCAGUAUCAGCAGAGUGUGCCGGGGUUGGAGGGCAGUGCCAGUGUAAGCCAGGCGUGGCCGGCAGGCGAUGUGACCGAUGUGAACCGGGAACAUUUGGGUUUGGACCACAGGGCUGCAUAGCUUGUGAGUGUGACUCCCAGGGGUCUGUGAGCCCCCACUGUGACCCUGUGUCUGGCCGGUGUCAGUGCCACCAGGGGGUGUCUGGGCGCCAGUGUGCUACCUGCCAGCUGGGCCUCUGGGGCUUCCCCAGUUGCAGGCCCUGCCUGUGUAAUGGCCACGCCCUCACCUGCCACCCGCACACAGGCAGCUGUCUGGACUGUCACGACCACACCACCGGCCACCUGUGUGACAGGUGCGUGAAUGGUUUCUAUGGAAACCCUGUGCUGGGGUCCGGGGACCACUGCCGCCCCUGUCUCUGCCCUGGAGGACCAGGAGGUGGUCGCUCCAAUGCGGACUCCUGCUUCAGUGAUCCCACAUCCAAACAGAUCAUCUGCCAUUGCAGGCAGGGCUAUGCAGGUCCUCACUGUGACCGCUGUGCCCCAGGGUAUUUUGGGGACCCGGCGAUAAAUGGAGGUCAGUGCUUCCCAUGCCAGUGUAGUGGUAACAUCGACCUCCAGGACCCCGAAUCAUGUGACCCUCGGACAGGGCGGUGCCUAAAGUGCCUAUACAACACGGACGGCCCCCUCUGUUCUGCGUGCAGGCUUGGUUACUACGGCGACGCUUUGCAGCAGGACUGCAGACGCUGUGCUUGUGUGCUGGAGGGCACCCUGCCGUCCCGCUGUAAUGGGGACCAGUGUCACUGCCAGGAGCAGACAGGGGCGUGUCCAUGCCGGGGCAAUGUGGUGGGGCUGUUCUGUGACCAGUGCGCCCCUCAGCACUGGAAUUUUGGGGCAGAACGUGGCUGUGUGCCCUGUGACUGCCACCCCCAAAACUCUGUUGCACCCCACUGCAGCAUGGCCAGUGGCACCUGUGAGUGCCGGCAGGGGUUCGGAGGGAGAACGUGCUCAGAGUGUGAGAAAAACUACUGGGGAGAAGACCCUCAGACUGAGUGCAGAGAGUGCCGCUGUAGCCCGUUGGGGUCAGAGACGCUGCAGUGCGACCGGGGGACCGGGGUGUGCAGGUGCCGGGAGGGCGUGUCAGGGCAGCGCUGUGACAGCUGUGCUCGUGGGUUUGUGGGGAAGUUCCCUGUGUGUGUGCGCUGCGACCCCUGCUUCCAACAAUGGGAGCUCAGAAUUCAGCAGCUGCAGCAGGACCUGGGCCACGCCCAGCACUUUGUCGGAAGGCUGCAGAAGAGCAUGGCCACUAGAAGCCACACCCACAUCAGACACACUGGCUUCAGCGCCCUACAGAGGAGCCUGACUCUGCUCCUGGAUCUGAUCCAUGGCAAGGAUUGGCUCAAAUCCCACGAGUGGGUGUACCAGCUGCUCAGCCAGGCCACCGAUGACCUGGGGGCGGAGGCUGCACUGAUUCACAGGCAGGCGGUGGGUGUGCGCGGGGAGAUGACCCGCACUGUGGAGAGAGACGUGGCUCUGCAGCAGGACUUGAGUCAGGCAGAGAUAGAGCUCUGGGGCAUCAACACAACGUUCACACAACUACGUCUGCACCUCAGCCCUGAGUCCACAGAUGUGCUUGGACUGGUCCGCGGCUGGUACCAGGUCUCUCUGGAUGCGGAGCGGCAGUGCCGAGCCACCACCGGGGACCUGGACAGCCCUGUGAGGGGGUCUCACGGUACACGGAAACAUGCAGGGAGUCUGCUGAUGGGCUGGCGGGACAGCCUGAAGGACAAGUCCUUCGCCCAACGGAGGCUCCAGUGGCUGAGAAACAAGGUGUGUGGCGGUCAUGGCAGGGGGGAUGGCGGUUGCCGUAGCAGCUGGUGGCAGAGACUGUGCGGAGGACAGGGGUGUACUCAGAUCCUAAGAGGCUCUGCCCUGCAGAUAGUCACCAACGUCACCGACCACAUCACCACCACCAACAAACACCUGCAGGAUGCAGCCAAGGAGCUGCAGGAUGUGGGGAUGCUGUCCCGUGCUGUGAAGUUAAGAGCUGCUGGCUCUUUGCUAACCACACAGGAGAAGACCCAGUUCUGCAAAAACUCAAAUAAAGAGCUCAGGGACCUGCUGCAGGAGAUCCGUUACUUCCUCUCUGAUGAAGGUGCAGACCCAAAGGCCAUAUCUUCGGUGUCUGAGCGGAUCCUGGAAAUCUCCCUGCCCAUGAACGGCAGCGUUCUGACUGGCAUUUUGAAGGAGAUCCAGCGCAGUGUUGCCAAUCUCACCCACACGCAGAGAGACUCUGUCAUCGAGCAGGCCUACCGCACACAGGAGCUGCUCCAGCAGGCCCAGAAUAUACAGUCACAGGCGAACCGAACCGAGGACACCACCAACCAGACCCAGCAGAGGCUGGAUGCCGCACAUAUGGCCAUCAAGACCAUAGAGGCGGCCCUGGAGACUGACCGCAAGAACUCCAACAUCACACGCAGUGCCAUUAUUGCGAUGGAAGAUAAAAUCCUGGGCAUGGAGAAUAAUCAGACAGACACUGUGCUGCGAUUGGCCAGUGUGAGGCAGGAGACAGAAUCUCUGCAGAGGAAACUGAAUGAGAGCAGUGUGGCUGUGCAGAGCAUCAGGGCUCAAGCCAACAACACUGCACACACAGCCAGGAACCUAAACAAGGAGCUGGAGGAGGCCCAGGAGCGGCAGAGGGAGCUCGAGGAGCGGGUGAGGACAGCUGGCUGGGGAGCACAGAGUUUGGGCAACGUGAGCAAGAGGGUGACGGACAUCCAGCAGCAGGCCCAGCAUGUCCUGAAGAAAGCCACAGAGGGCAUGGAGACACUGCACAGGCUGGAGAGGAAGUUUCAGGAGAACAAGAGGAGGAUGCAAGACCAAAAAGCAGAGCUUGCCAUUCUGGAGCACAACGUUACAGCCAUCAGAGACUAUUUACGCGAGAGCAUCCUCAAGUACAGCUCCUGCUAGUGGUCAUCCCAUAAUCUUCCACUCUGGAUUUCCUCAACGGGCAUUCCAUAGGAUGAGAUAAUACAUAAGAUGAAAAUGUUUAAACUUAUGACCACAUUAUAUAAUAUACAUUUAUGUAUGUGUACAUUAUGAUUACAUAGCCCCCUCACCCAGGAAGCAUCCCUUCCACAGAAAAGACCCACUGACACAGAAUCAGACCCACUCAUAUGCGGAGAAGAUCUCCCGCUGAGCUCUUUCUUCCACUGAGUAUCUGACAUAUAUGAAUGGAUGGCAGUGCAGAACAUACCGAUCAUGCAGUAGUGAGGAAGAAAUACUGUUGUGCAAAAAUCCUGUUAUUAAUGUACCUUAUUGUUCUGUAAUUAACUAUAAACAAUAAACAAA